AUGCAUAUCCAGCAUCAAGUCACUGACCAACCAAUUAAGCCACUAAAGCUCAUUGCCAGUAUUACCCAGUCUCUGGUCCCACGCCAACAACCUUCUCCAGACUCUCCCACCCACCUUUCAAACCCCUCUACCCAGAGUCCUGAUUGUCUUACCCAGCCCAGAGAACCUGUGACUCAGUCUCUACUCAUGCAAACCCUGCAUCCUUCUGACUCAAUCACUCAAACCCACCGUCCUGUAACGCAAAGUUAUCCUUCAUAUCCACAUAUACAGCAUCCUAGCCCUGUCACCCUGUUUUCAGUCACACAAAUCCAGCCUGAACCUACACAAACUCAGCCUGAACCUACACAAACCCAGCCUGAACCUACACAAUCUCAGUCUGAACCUACACAAACCCAGUCUGAACCUACACAAACUCAGCCUGAACCUACACAAACUCAGCCUGAACCUACACAAACUCAGCCUGAACCUACACAAACCCAGCCUGAACCUACACAAACUCAGCCUGAACCUACACAAACUCAGCCUGAACCUACACAAACCCAGCCUGAACCUACACAAACUCAGCCUGAACCUACACAAACCCAGUCUGAACCUACACAAACUCAGCCUGAACCUACACAAACUCAGCCUGAACCCACACAAACUCAGCCUGAACCUACACAAACCCAUCCUGAACCUACACAAACUCAGCCUGAACCUACACAAACUCAGCCUGAACUUACACAAACUCAGCCUGAACCUACACAAACUCAGCCUGAACCCACACAAACUCAGCUUGAACCCACACAAACUCAGCCUGAAACUACACAAACUCAGCCUGAACCUACACAAACCCAGCCUAAACCUACACAAACCCACCCUGAACCUACACAAACCCAGUCUGAACCUACACAAACCCAACCUCAACCUACACAAGCCCAGCCUGAACCCACACAAACCCAGCCUAAACCUCAACAAACUCAGCCUGAACCUAAACAAACUCCGCCUGAACAUACACAAACCCAGCCUGAACCAACACAAACUCAGCCUGAACCUACACAAGCCCAACAUGAACCUACACAAACCCAGCCUGAACUUACACAAACCCAGCCUAAACCUCAACAAACCCAGCCUACACAUCUCCUGACCCAGCCUUCAGUCUCAAUCACACAUUCUCCUGACCUGAGCACCAUACCACCCACCCCUGACCCCAAGGGCCUUAGUGCCCCAUGGACCUCCACACCAGACCACCUGCAGCAGAACAUGAGUCAGCCCGCUAAGCCAGUUCAUCCAGCCAAACCAACCAGGCACAAUGACACAGAGCCCACAGAGUGGCUGAAGAGGAACACUUCUCAGUCCCCCAUCAAGACCAGUGAGGACCCCAGAGUAAAGCCUCCUCCUCCGUGGCUCCCAGUGCUGGAGAAACAUGACAUCCCCAUCGUGGUGGGAGUGGGCGUGUCUCUGGCCUUCAUCUUCAUCACCAUGGCCUUCUACUCCCUGGUCCAGAAGAACGAGCCUGUCCCCGUGAUUAGAGCCUUGUCUUCCACAGUUCCCAGGAACCUGGGAGUCCCCUUCAGACAUGCUGAACGUCUGGCCACUGGGAGGACUUAUGAGAACAGGGCGUUUGAGGAUGAUGAUUUGGUGGCUGUGAUUGAACAAAGCCCCAACACGUCAGAUACACGUACCAGGCUUCCUGCCCCCAGCCCAGUCACUGUGAUGAUAGACCCUGCCAUUGAUGAGAUUCAGGAGACACAGCCUUGCCCCCCGCCCACUCCAGAACACUCAGUCAUAGCAGAGACCUACACUGAGCCCAUCGAAGACACACAGGUUGACCCCUUCCAGGAUGAAGAGAAAGACUGCAGCCUGUCUCACCCCAGCAUCCAGCUGCAGUGUGUGGAGGACUGGGGGGGUGGAGGAGUAUACGGACAAUGCCAGGGCCAGGACUUUCUCCCUGAGCCCCCCUCUCUCACUCCUUCACCUUUCCACUCCCCGUCUCCCUCCCCUCCUCCUGUGCGUGAGGAAAGCCUGCGUUCCUCCCUGACACUCCAGACCACUGAGCCCUGUGCCACGCCCGUCCGCCACAGCGUCAGCAUCUCCCACGGUAACGCCCCCCUCCUCCUCUCCCACUGCGUCUCCCUAGGCCUCACCACCGUCGCCGUUGAUGUUCACUUCUACCCAGCAGCUCUUGCGUCAGCCACCGCUGCCAUGGCGACCGUGACAGCCGCCACACAGGUUAAUGCUACCGCCGCUGCUGCUCCAGGGCCCCAGCUCAGCUCUCGAUUAGCACAAGGUCAGGAGCAUGACCAAUCGGCUCCCAGCAUGUGCCAGAGUAAGUAACUAGAGGGAAUGCCGGAUGGAGAAUUUGUUCCAACACAGAUGUUGCAAUUAGUCUCCACUUUGGACAGCUUGGCUGGAUUGUUGGUUGUCUUCACGUGUCUCUCUGUGUUUAUCAGCCUGUUUCCUCUGCCUUGAUCUGAUGCUGGUGUGGAGAAUGUGUUUGUGUUGGAACCAUCCACUGAAGACCAUAGGACAACAUCCUAAAUGCACUACACAUACUGCACCACAGUCAGCUAUAAACAUGUCAACUACAACUACAUAUUCUGUUGCUGUCCUUCAUAAAGAAAAGUCAUGAGAUUUUCAUUAUUGAUCAUGUAUAUUAUGGCUUCAUUGUGUAUUACAAAUGUCAGUUACAUAAUGAUGCUUGAGGCCUAAAAUAAUGCAUUUAUAGGAAGCAAAAACUAGAAUAUGUGUGACUGCUUUCAUAAUCUUCUUUUACAUGCCAAUGUUUCUCUGCCUUGACUGAAUAUAUAGCUCAUUAUAUUUAUAUAUACACUUUAUAAACUCAUUUGGGUCAAAUACAUUUUAUCAGUUGAAUAUUCUACAAUGAAAAAGCCAAGGAGAAAACAGCUGUGUACAAAAUAUUGCAAUCUUUGUUACUUUACACUUCCUAAUCAGGUAAUCCACAACCUCUCUCUGUUGCACCAUAAACCUGACUGUUAUUUCUGUGCUGAAACCAAAGGAAGACGACGACGACGACAGGGCUUAACUUACUGUAAGUCCCAAUUGACCUGAAAUGUAAUUUAUCUGGAUCAGUUCACUUUAUGAUCAGUGAAAUGUCUAUAACUUUCAUGAAUUUCCCUUUCCUUUGCUACUGCCAUGAAUUCUUUACUCUUAAAUGAAUGUGUUAAACUGAAAAUUAUAUAUUUUUUCCUGUAUUUCUCAUCUUAUUUGUUUCAAUAACAUGUCCAGUAUCAAUUGUUGCUAACAAAAGUUAAUGUAUUUAUUUUUUGUUUAUCUUACAUAUUUAUAUUUGAGUGUAUUAAAUCAGUGAACUUAUUACCUUUGUAUGGGUGAUAAAAUGCCAACAAAAAAUAUAAAAAGUUAUUUGACACAGAUCUAACAUUCACAUACUGUGAUAAUUAUAUAUUUUUUAAGUACUGUAUCAAAUGGAUUUUUAUUUACUCAACAAUGGCCAAAAAU